AUGCUGUCAGAAGCCAUGAACCUCUGGCAAGGCAUAGUGAUUGCGGCGGUGACACUCUUCCUGCAGACCUGCCUCCUGACAGCCAUCAACUACCUGCUCAGCAGGCACAUGGAUGACAGUGACACAUCCUCAGAUAGCUCGGACAGCUCCGACAGCUCACCUCCCGUCCACCAGGCCACCAAGGAUGUGAGUUACACGCAAGUGGUCUUUUCAGCCCCUGGAGGACUGAAAAAUGACUCUGCCCGGGACUAUGAGAACACAAAGGAAGCCACAGAUUAUGUCAAUGUCAAUCCAAAAAGCUACACGACCAGUUUCUGGACUUUUGCGAACCCUUCUGUUUCUGAGCCAGUGGAAUAUACUCAAGUGGCCAUGUGA